UUUAUUAGAAAAUAUAAUUACGAAUUUUCUUGAAAUUCGUUUGUAGCAUGUAAAUUUGUCUCUUUAUGCUUCGAUGUGUGUACGUACUACUUUCGAAAAUUUCAUUCGUUAAAGUUCGCAGCUUAGUCGAGUUUAUGUGUGUGAAGUACGAUAAAUUGAUGUGAGGUAUGUUAAGUGUGGUACGUGUAUAUGUGUGAUAAUCCGGUCCACAAGAAAAAGAUCUGUAUAUUAUCGGAUUUAUCGCUAUUCUUAUGCUCUGAUACACGUUUGGGAUAAAUUUGGAUGAAUUUUUGCUACCUGAUAUUUUAUUUUGUUUAUAUUAAUAAUAAUGGUUAUCUGUUAUAUGUAUCAAAUUUCUCAUUAAUAUAAUUAAUUUUUAUAUUACCUUUAAUAUUAAAUAUACUUUAAAUUACAGUGCUCCAAUAUAUACAUACAUAUAUGGAUUCGUAUUUGAUUUAAAUAUAAUGACUUUGCAUGUACAUAACUAUAUAUAUUGUUGAGAUCUAAACACAUAAAAACACUGCUACAGGAAUAUCGAAGAAGUAGUUGCAUUACGUCGCUUCCAAGAUGAUAACCGAAACGCAUAUGAACUCAAACCACAUGCUCAAUUCUGCUCUCAAUACGAAAACAGAAUUAGAAAAGAUGGAUGAUGUAGGUUGGAAAGCUAAACUAAAAAUUCCACCAAAGGAUAAACGCAUAAAGACAAGUGAUGUCACUGACACACGUGGUAAUGAGUUUGAAGAAUUUUGCCUGAAACGAGAGUUGCUAAUGGGUAUUUUUGAAAAGGGUUGGGAAAAACCAUCUCCAAUUCAAGAAGCCAGUAUCCCUAUUGCAUUGUCUGGUAAAGACAUCUUAGCCCGAGCUAAAAAUGGAACUGGCAAGACUGGAGCAUAUUCGAUUCCAGUGCUUGAACAGGUUGACCCUCGGAAAGAUGUAAUUCAAGCGCUAGUAAUUGUACCUACCAGAGAGUUAGCUCUUCAAACAUCACAAAUCUGUAUCGAACUUGCGAAACAUAUGGAUAUUAAAGUGAUGGUAACUACUGGUGGUACCAACUUACGUGAUGAUAUUAUGAGGAUUUAUCAAAAAGUACAAGUAAUAAUAGCAACGCCAGGAAGAAUUCUUGAUCUUAUGGACAAAAACGUUGCGAACAUGGAUCACUGCAAAAUAUUAGUUUUGGAUGAAGCAGAUAAGCUUUUGUCACAAGAUUUUAAAGGAAUGUUGGAUCAUGUCAUUUCUAAAUUGCCACAUGAACGUCAGAUUUUGCUGUAUUCAGCUACCUUUCCAUUAACUGUGAAACAGUUCAUGGAAAAACAUUUGCGAGAUCCAUAUGAAAUUAAUUUAAUGGAAGAAUUAACAUUAAAAGGUGUAACACAGUAUUAUGCCUUUGUACAGGAACGACAGAAAGUUCACUGCCUUAACACGCUAUUCUCGAAGUUGCAAAUAACACAAAGCAUAAUCUUUUGUAAUUCGACACAACGUGUAGAAUUACUGGCAAAGAAAAUAACAGAUCUUGGAUAUUGCUGUUAUUAUAUACAUGCGAAAAUGGCACAGGCACAUAGGAAUCGUGUAUUCCACGAUUUUCGAGCAGGGUUAUGUCGAAAUCUGGUGAGCAGCGAUUUGUUCACUCGAGGUAUCGACGUACAAGCUGUUAACGUUGUAAUCAACUUUGACUUUCCCAAGAUGGCAGAAACAUAUCUGCAUCGCAUUGGUCGAUCAGGAAGGUUUGGCCAUUUAGGUAUAGCAAUUAAUCUAAUCACGUAUGAGGAUCGUUUUAACUUACAUCGUAUCGAACAAGAGCUUGGAACAGAAAUAAAACCUAUCCCAAAAGUGAUAGAUCCCAGUUUGUACGUAAUAAGACCAGAAGACAAUAAUAGUAUGGAAGAAGGUAAUGUGUCCAAGUAGUUUCGAUAUGGAAUCAUAACUAAACUGGAAUGAACGCUCAAGAAAAGUUUAAAGUGUGAAAAUAGUGAUUGUGUCUCGUACAUGUAUAAGGCAUUAACAUUGCUAAGCUUUGAACUCGAAGAAUGAAAUAUAACUCCAGUUUGGAGAGAGAAUUUUUGUUGGUUGUGUGUUAAUGAUAUAUGAAAUUAGAAGAAAAUAAAAGAGUUAGAGAAAAACAGUAAUGCGAAUGACGAUGUUUAGGUCAAAAGAAGUUCUUUAUGUAGAAAACAAAGAAUUGAGAGUUUCAGUUAUCAUUAUAUCAAGAGUCAUUCAUUUUACCGAUCGGUCCUUGAUACAAUGAUAACUGAAAUUAAAAAUUUUUCAUUUUUUACGUGGAACUUCGUUUUACCUAAACAUUAUUAUCUGUACUAUUCUCUCUCUGAGUUUUUCGUUUUUUUUCUAUUUUUAUACACCGUUAACACACAUUCGACAAAAAUUCUCUUUCCAAACUCGAGCUAUGUUUUAUUCCUUGAGUUCAAAGAAAUGAGUUACUUGUAUAUAAGGGUGAUGAUGAGAAACAAUGAACUCGAUGAUUUAAGUGAUGCGAAUGUGUUUGGUA